AUGCCCCAAUCUCCCGCUUUCCAUCACCCCGCCCCAUUCUCCCUCCUUCCAUCACCCCGCCCCAUUCUCCCGCUUUCCAUCACCCCGCCCCAUUCUCCCGCUUUCCAUAACCCCGCCUCAUUCUCCCUCCUUCCAUCACCCUCCCCAUUCUCCCUCCUUCCAUCACCCCGCCCCAUUCUCCCUCCUUCCAUCACCCCGCCCCAUUCUCCCGCUUUCCAUCAGCCCACCCCAUUCUACCAUUUUCCAUCACCCCGCCCCAUUCUCCCGCUUUUGAUCACCCCGCCCCAUUUCCCGCUUUCCAUCACCCCGCUCCAUUCUCCUGCUUUCCAUCACUCAGCCCCAUUCUCCCGCUUUCCAUCACCCCGCCCCAUUCUCCCGUUUUCCAUCACCCCGCCCCAUGCUCCCGCUUUCCAUCACCCCGCCCCAUUCUCCCGCUUUCCAUCACCCCGCCCCAUUCUCCCGCUUUCCAUCACCACGCCCCAUUCUCCCGCUUUCCAUCACCCCGCCCCAUUCUCCCGCUUUCCAUCACCCCGCCCCAUUCUCCCUCCUUCCAUCACCCCGCCUCAUUCUACCUCCUUCCAUCACCCCGCCCCAUGCUCCUGCUUGCCAUCAACCCGCCCCAUUCUCCCGCUUUUCAUCACCCGCCCCAUUCUCCCACUUUCCAUCACCCCGCCCCAUUCUCCCGCUUUCCAUCACCCCGCCCCAUUCUCCCUCCUUCCAUCACCCCGCCCCAUUCUCCCGCUUUUCAUCAGCCCACCCCAUUCUACCACUUUCCAUCACCCCGCCCCAUUCUCCCGCUUUCCAUCACCCCGCCCCAUUCUCCCGCUUUCGAUCAUCCGCCCCAUUCUCCCGCUUUCCAUCACCCCGCCCCAUUCUCCUGCUUUCCAUCACCCCGCCCCAUUCUCCCGCUUUCCAUCACCCCGCCCCAUUCUCCCGUUUUCCAUCACCCCGCCCCAUUCUCCCGCUUUCCAUCACCCCGCCCCAUUCUCCCGCUUUCCAUCACCCCGCCCCAUUCUCCCGCUUUCCAUCACCACGCCCCAUUCUCCGUCCUUCCAUCACCCCGCCCCAUUCUCCUGCUUUCCAUCACCCCGCCCCAUUCUCCCUCCUUCCAUCACCCCGCCUCAUUCUACCUCCUUCCAUCACCCCGCCCCAUGCUCCCGCCUUCCAUCACCCCGCCCCAUUCUCCCGCUUUUCAUCACCCGCCCCAUUCUCCCACUUUCCAUCACCCCGCCCCAUUCACCCGCUUUCCAUCACACCGCCCCAUUCUCCCGCUUUCCAUCACCCCGCCCCAUUCUCCUGCUUUCCAUCACCCCGCCCCAUUCUCCCGCUUUCCAUCACCCCGCCCCAUUCUCCCGUUUUCCAUCACCCCGCCCCAUUCUCCCGCUUUCCAUCACCCCGCCCCAUUCUCCCGCUUUCCAUCACCCCGCCCCAUUCUCCCGCUUUCCAUCACCACGCCCCAUUCUCCGUCCUUCCAUCACCCCGCCCCAUUCUCCUGCUUUCCAUCACCCCGCCCCAUUCUCCCUCCUUCCAUCACCCCGCCUCAUUCUACCUCCUUCCAUCACCCCGCCCCAUGCUCCCGCCUUCCAUCACCCCGCCCCAUUCUCCCGCUUUUCAUCACCCGCCCCAUUCUCCCACUUUCCAUCACCCCGCCCCAUUCACCCGCUUUCCAUCACACCGCCCCAUUCUCCCGCUUUCCAUCACCCCGCCCCAUUCUCCCGCUUUCCAUCACCCCGCCUGAUUCUCCCAUCACCCCGCCCCGUUCUCCCGCUUUCCAUCACCACGCUCCAUUCUCCCGCUUUCCAUCACCCCGCCCCAUUCUCCCUCUUUCCAUCACCCCGCCCCAUUCUCCCGCUUUCCAUCACCCCACCCCAUUCUCCCGCUUUCCAUCACCCCGUCCCAUUCUCCCUCUUUCCAUCACCCCCGCCCCAUUCGCCCGCUUUCCAUCACCCCGCCCCAUUCUUCCUCUUUCCAUCUCCCCGACCCAUUCUCCCUCUUUCCAUCACCCCCCCCCAUUCUCCCGAUUUCCGUCACCCUGCCCCAUUCUCCCUCUUUCCAUCAUCCCGCCCCAUUCUCCCGACUCUUUCACCCCGCCCCAUUCUCCAUCUUUCCAUCACCCCUCCCCAUUCUCCCUCUUUCCAUCACCCGGCCCCAUUCUCCCGCUUUCCAUCACCCCGCCCCAUUCUCCCUCCUUCCAUCACCCGGCCCCAUUCUCCCUCUUUCCAUAACCCCGCCCCAUUCUCCCGCUUUCCAUCACCCCACCCCAUUCUCCCGCUUUCCAUCACCCCGUCCCAUUCUCCCUCUUUCCAUCACCCUGCCCCAUUCGCCCGCUUUCCAUCACCCCGCCCCAUUCUUCCUCUUUCCAUCUCCCCGCCCCAUUCCCCCUCUUUCCAUCACCCCGCCCCAUUCUCCCGAUUUCCGUCACCCCGCCCCGUUCUCCCUCUUUCCAUCAUCCCGCCCCAUUCUCCCGAUUUCCGUCACCCCGCCCCAUUCUCCCUCUUUCCAUCACCCCGCCCCAUUCUUCCUCUUUCCAUCUCCCCGCCCCAUUCUCCCUCUUUCCAUCACCCCGCCCCAUUCUCCAUCUUUCCAUCACCCCGCCCAAUUCUCCCUCUUUCCAUCACUUCGCCCCAUUCUCCCGAUUUCCGUCACCUCGCCCCAUACUCCCUCUUUCGAUCACCCUGCCCCAUUCUCCCGAUUUCCGUCAUCCUGCCCCAUUCUCCCUCAUUCCAUCACCCUGCCCCAUUCUCCCUCUUUCCAUCACCCCGACCCAUUCUCCCGCUUUCCAUCACCCCGCCCCAUUCUCCCUCUUUCCAUCACCCCGCCCCAUUCUCCCGCUUUCCAUCACCCCGCCCCAUUCUCCCGCUUUCCAUCACCCCGCCCCAUUCUCCCUCUUUCCAUCACCCCGCCCCAUUCUCCCGCUUUCCAUCACCCCGCCCCAUUCUCCCUCUUUCCAUCACCCCGCCCCAUUCUUCCUAUUUCCAUCUCCCCGCCCCAUUCUCCCUCUUUCCAUCACCCUGCCCCAUUCUCCCGAUUUCCGUCACCCCGCCCCAUUUUCCCUCUUUCCAUCAUCCCGCCCCAUUCUCCCGACUCUGUCACCCCGCCCCAUUCUCCCUCUUUCCAUCACCCCUCCCCAUUCUCCCGAUUUCCAUCACCCCGCCCCAUUCUCCCGAUUUCCGUCAUCCUGCCCCAUUCUCCCUCAUUCCAUCACCCUGCCCCAUUCUCCCUCUUUCCAUCACCCCGACCCAUUCUCCCGCUUUCCAUCACCCCGCCCCAUUCUCCCUCUUUCCAUCACCCCGCCCCAUUCUCCCGCUUUCCAUCACCCCGCCCCAUUCUCCCGCUUUCCAUCACCCCGCCCCAUUCUCCCUCUUUCCAUCACCCCGCCCCAUUCUCCCGCUUUCCAUCACCCCGCCCCAUUCUCCCUCUUUCCAUCACCCCGCCCCAUUCUCCCGCUUUCCAUCACCCCACCCCAUUCUCCCGCUUUCCAUCACCCCGUCCCAUUCUCCCUCUUUCCAUCACCCCGCCCCAUUCGCCCGCUUUCCAUCACCCCGCCCCAUUCUUCCUCUUUCCAUCUCCCCGCCCCAUUCUCCCGCUUUCCAUCACCCCGCCCCAUUCUCCCUCUUUCCAUCACCCCGCCCCAUUCUCCCGCUUUCCAUCACCCCGCCCCAUUCUCCCGCUUUCCAUCACCCCGCCCCAUUCUCCCUCUUUCCAUCACCCCGCCCCAUUCUCCCGCUUUCCAUCACCCCGCCCCAUUCUCCCUCUUUCCAUCACCCCGCCCCAUUCUCCCGCUUUCCAUCACCCCACCCCAUUCUCCCGCUUUCCAUCACCCCUCAUCCUGCCCCAUUAUCCCUCUUUCCAUCACCCCGCCUCAUUCUCCCUCUUUCCAUCACCCCGACCCAUUCUCCCGCUUUCCAUGACCCCGCCCCAUUCUCCCUCUUUCCAUCACGCCGCCCCAUUCUCCCGCUUUCCAUCACCCCGCCCCAUUCUCCCACUUUCCAUCACCCCGCCCCAUUCUCCCGCUUUCCAUCACCCCGCCCCAUUCUCCCUCUUUCCAUCACCCCACCCUAUCUCCCGUUUUCCAUCACCCCGCCCCAUUCUCCCGCUUUCCAUCACCCCGCCCCAUUCUCCCUCUUUCCAUCACCCCGCUCCAUUUUCCCGAUUUCCGUCACCCCGCCCCAUGCUCCCUCUUUCCAUCACCUCGCCCCAUUCUCCCGAUUUCCGUCACCCCGCCCUAUUCUCCCUCUUUCCAUCACCCCGCCCCAUUCUUCCUCUGUCCAUCUCCCCGCCCCAUUCUCCCUCCUUCCAUCACCCCGCCCCAUUCUCCCGAUUUCCGUCACCUCGCCCCAUUCUCCCUCUUUCCAUCACCCCUCCCCAUUCUCCCUCUUUCCAUCACCUCGCCCCAUUCUCCCUCCUUCCACCACCUCGCCCCAUUCUCCCAAUUUCCAUCACCUCGCCCCAUUCUCCCGCUUUCCAUCACCCCGCCCCGUUCUCCCGCUUUACAUCACCCCGCCCCAUUCUCCCGCUUUCCAUCACCCCGCCCCAUUCUCCCGUUUUCCAUCACCCCGCCCCAUUCUCCCGCUUUCCAUCACCCCGCCCAAUUCUCCCUCUUUCCAUCACCCCUCCCCAUUCUCCCUCUUUCCAUCACCGGGCCCCAUUCUCCCGAUUUCCAUCACCCCGCCCCAUUCUCCCUCUUUCCAUUACCCCGCCCCAUUCUACUGCUUUCCAUCACCCCGCCCCAUUCUCCCUCUUUCCAUCACCCCGCCCCAUUCUCCCGCUUUCUAUAACCCCACCCCAUUCUCCCGCUUUCCAUCACCCUGCUCCAUUCUCCCGCUUUCCAUCACCCCGCCCAAUUCUCCCGCUUUCCAUCACCCCUCUCCAUUCUCCCUCUUUCCAUCUCCCCGCCCCAUUCUCCCUCUUUCCAUCACCCCUUCCAACUCUCCCUCUUUCCGUCACCCCGCCCCAUUCUCCCUGUUUCCAUCACCUCGCCCCAUUCUCCCUCUUUCCAUCUCCUCGCCCCAUUCUCCUGCUUUCCAUCACCCCGCCCCGUUCUCCCUCUUACCAUCACCCCGCCCCAUUCUCCCACUUUCCAUCACCCCGCCCCAAUCUCCCUCUUUCUAUCACCCCGCCCCAUUCUCCCACUUUCCAUCACCCCGCCCCAUUCUCCCUCUAUCCAUCACCCCGCCCCAUUCUCCCACUUUCCAUCACCCCGCCCAAUUCUCCCGCUUUCCAUUACCCCGCCCAAUUCUCCCGCUUUCCAUCACCCCACCCCGUUCUCCCGCUUUCCAUCACCCCUCCCCAUUCUCCCUCUUUCCAUCACCCCGCCCCAUUCUCCCGCUUUCCAUCACCCAGCCCCAUUCUCCCGCUUUCCAUCACCCCGCCCCAUUCUCCCGCUUUCCAUCACCCCGCCCCAUUCUCCUGCUUUCCAUCACCCCACCCCGUUCUCCCUCUUACCAUCACCCCGCCCCAUUCUCCCACUUUCCAUCACCCCGCCCCAAUCUCCCUCUUUCUAUCACCCCGCCCCAUUCUCCCACUUUCCAUCACCCCGCCCCAUUCUCCCACUAUCCAUCACCCCGCCCCAUUCUCCCGCUUUCCAUCACCCCGCCCAAUUUUCCCGCUUUCCAUUACCCCGCCCAAUUCUCCCGCUUUCCAUCACCCCGCCCCGUUCUCCCGCUUUCCAUCACCCCUCCCCAUUCUCCCUCUUUCCAUCACCCCGCCCCAUUCUCCCGCUUUCCAUCACCCAGCCCCAUUCUCCCGCUUUCCAUCACCCCGCCCCAUUCUCCUGCUUUCCAUCACCCCGCCCCAUUCUCCCUCUUUCCAUCAUCCCGCCCCAUUCUCACGCUUUCCAUCACCCCGCCCCAAUCUCCCUCUUUCUAUCACCCCGCCCCAUUCUCCCACUUUCCAUCACCCCGCCCCAUUCUCCCUCUAUCCAUCACCCCGCCCCAUUCUCUUGCUUUAUCACCCCGCCUUAUUCUCCCGUUUUCCAUCACCCCGCCCCAUUCUCCCGAUUUCCAUCACCCGCCCCUUUCUCCCGAUUUCCAUCACCCCGCUUUCCAUCACCCCGGCCCAUUCUCCCGCUUUCCAUCACCCUGCCCCAUUCUCACUCUUUCCAUCACCCCGCCCCAUUCUCCUGCUUUCUAUCUUCCCGCCCCAUUCUCCCUCUUUCCAUCACCCCGCCCCAUUCUCCCGCCUUCCAUCACCCCGCCCCAUUCUCCAUCUUUCCAUCACCCUGCCCAAUUCUCCCCCUUUCCAUCACCCCGGCCCAUUCUCCCGCGAUCCAUCACCCCGCCCCAUUCUCCCUCUUUCCAUCACCCCGCCCCAUUCUCUCGCUUUCCAUCACCUCGCCCCAUUUUCCCGAUUUCCAUCACCCCGCCCCAUUCUCCCGCUUUCCAUCACCCCGCCCCAUUCUCCCGCUUUCCAUCACCGCGCCCCAUUCUCCCGCUUUCCAUCACCCCGCCCCAUUCUCCCGCUUUCCAUCACCCCGCCCCAUUCUCCCGCUUUCCAUCACCCCGCCCCAUUCUCCCUCUUUCCAUCACCCCGCCCCAUUCUCCCACUUUCCAUCACCCUGCCCCAUUUUCACUCUUUCCAUCACCCCGCUCCAUUCUCCCGCUUUCCAUCACCCCGCCCAAUUCUCCCUCUUUCCAUCACCCCUCCCCAUUCUCUUUUCCAUCACCCCGCCCCAUUCUCCCGCUUUCCAUCACCCCGCCCCAUUUUCCCUCUUUCCAUCACCCGGCCCCAUUCUCCCUCUUUCCAUCACCCCGCCCCAUUCUCCCGCUUUCCAUCACCCCGCCCGCUUCAAUCUCCCGCUUUCCAACACACUGCCCCAUUCUCCCGCUUUCCAUCACCCCACCCCAUUCUCACUUUUUCCAUCACCCCUCUCAAUUCUCCCUCUUUCCAUCACCCCGCCCCAUUCUCCUGCUUUCUAUCACCCCGCCCCAUUCUCCCUCUUUCCAUCACCCCGCCCCAUUCUCCCGCCUUCCAUCACCCCGCCCCAUUCUCCAUCUUUCCAUCACCCUGCCCAAUUCUCCCCCUUUCCAUCACCCCGCCCCAUUCUCCCGCCUUCCAUCACCCCGCCCCAUUCUCCCUCUUUCCAUCACCCCGCCCCAUUCUCCCGCUUUCCAUCACCCCACCCCAUUUUCCCGAUUUCCAUCACCCCGCCCCAUUCUCCAGCUUUCCAUCACCCUGCCCCAUUCUCCCGCUUUCCAUCACCCCGCCCCAUUCUCCCGCUUUCCAUCACCCCGCCCCAUUCUCCCGCUUUCCAUCACCCAGCCCCAUUCUCCCUCUUUCCAUCACCCCGCCCCAUUCUCCCGCAUUUCAUCACCCCGCCCCAUUUUCCCUCGUUCCAUCACCCCGCUCCAUUCUCCGGCUUUCCAUCACCCCGCCCAAUUCUCCCUCUUUCCAUCACCCCUCCCCAUUCUCGUGUUUUCCAUCACCCCGCCCAGUUCUCCCGCUUUCCAUCACCCCGCCCCAUUCUCCCUCUUUCAAUCACCCCGCCCCAUUCUCCCUCUUUCCAUCACCCCGCCCCAUUCUCCUGCUUUCCAUCACCCCGCCCCAUUCUCCCGAUUUCCAUCACCCCGCCCCAUUCUCCCGAUUUCCAUCACCCCGCCCCAUUCUCCCGCUUUCCAUCACCCCGCCCAAUUCUCCCGCUUUCCAUUACCCCGCCCAAUUCUCCCGCUUUCCAUCACCCCGCCCCGUUCUCCCGCUUUCCAUCACCCCUCCCCAUUCUCCCUCUUUCCAUCACCCCGCCCCAUUCUCCCGCUUUCCAUCACCCAGCCCCAUUCUCCCGCUUUCCAUCACCCCGCCCCAUUCUCCCGCUUUCCAUCACCCCGCCCCAUUCUCCUGCUUUCCAUCACCCCGCCCCGUUCUCCCUCUUACCAUCACCCCGCCCCAUUCUCCCACUUUCCAUCACCCCGCCCCAAUCUCCCUCUUUCUAUCACCCCGCCCCAUUCUCCCACUUUCCAUCACCCCGCCCCAUUCUCCCUCUAUCCAUCACCCCGCCCCAUUCUCCCGCUUUCCAUCACCCCGCCCAAUUCUCCCGCUUUCCAUUACCCCGCCCAAUUCUCCCGCUUUCCAUCACCCCGCCCCGUUCUCCCGCUUUCCAUCACCCCUCCCCAUUCUCCCUCUUUCCAUCACCCCGCCCCAUUCUCCCGCUUUCCAUCACCCAGCCCCAUUCUCCCGCUUUCCAUCACCCCGCCCCAUUCUCCCGCUUUCCAUCACCCCGCCCCAUUCUCCCUCUUUCCAUCAUCCCGCCCCAUUCUCACGCUUUCCAUCACCCCGCCCCAAUCUCCCUCUUUCUAUCACCCCGCCCCAUUCUCCCACUUUCCAUCACCCCGCCCCAUUCUCCCUCUAUCCAUCACCCCGCCCCAUUCUCUUGCUUUAUCACCCCGCCUUAUUCUCCCGUUUUCCAUCACCCCGCCCCAUUCUCCCGAUUUCCAUCACCCGCCCCUUUCUCCCGAUUUCCAUCACCCCGCUUUCCAUCACCCCGGCCCAUUCUCCCGCUUUCCAUCACCUUGCCCCAUUCUCACUCUUUCCAUCACCCCGCCCCAUUCUCCUGCUUUCUAUCUUCCCGCCCCAUUCUCCCUCUUUCCAUCACCCCGCCCCAUUCUCCCGCCUUCCAUCACCCCGCCCCAUUCUCCAUCUUUCCAUCACCCUGCCCAAUUCUCCCCCUUUCCAUCACCCCGCCCCAUUCUCCCGCGAUCCAUCACCCCGCCCCAUUCUCCCUCUUUCCAUCACCCCGCCCCAUUCUCUCGCUUUCCAUCACCUCGCCCCAUUUUCCCGAUUUCCAUCACCCCGCCCCAUUCUCCCGCUUUCCAUCACCCCGCCCCAUUCUCCCGCUUUCCAUCACCGCGCCCCAUUCUCCCGCUUUCCAUCACCCCGCCCCAUUCUCCCGCUUUCCAUCACCCCGCCCCAUUCUCCCGCUUUCCAUCACCCCGCCCCAUUCUCCCUCUUUCCAUCACCCCGCCCCAUUCUCCCACUUUCAAUCACCCUGCCCCAUUUUCACUCUUUCCAUCACCCCGCUCCAUUCUCCCGCUUUCCAUCACCCCGCCCAAUUCUCCCUCUUUCCAUCACCCCUCCCCAUUCUCUUUUCCAUCACCCCGCCCCAUUCUCCCGCUUUCCAUCACCCCGCCCCAUUUUCCCUCUUUCCAUCACCCGGCCCCAUUCUCCCUCUUUCCAUCACCCCGCCCCAUUCUCCCGCUUUCCAUCACCCCGCCCGCUUCAAUCUCCCGCUUUCCAACACACUGCCCCAUUCUCCCGCUUUCCAUCACCCCACCCCAUUCUCACUUUUUCCAUCACCCCUCUCAAUUCUCCCUCUUUCCAUCACCCCGCCCCAUUCUCCUGCUUUCUAUCACCCCGCCCCAUUCUCCCUCUUUCCAUCACCCCGCCCCAUUCUCCCGCCUUCCAUCACCCUGCCCCAUUCUCCAUCUUUCCAUCACCCUGCCCAAUUCUCCCCCUUUCCAUCACCCCGCCCCAUUCUCCCGCCUUCCAUCACCCCGCCCCAUUCUCCCUCUUUCCAUCACCCCGCCCCAUUCUCCCGCUUUCCAUCACCCCACCCCAUUUUCCCGAUUUCCAUCACCCCGCCCCAUUCUCCAGCUUUCCAUCACCGUGCCCCAUUCUCCCGCUUUCCAUCACCCCGCCCCAUUCUCCCGCUUUCCAUCACCCCGCCCCAUUCUCCCGCUUUCCAUCACCCAGCCCCAUUCUCCCUCUUUCCAUCACCCCGCCCCAUUCUCCCGCAUUUCAUCACCCCGCCCCAUUUUCCCUCGUUCCAUCACCCCGCUCCAUUCUCCGGCUUUCCAUCACCCCGCCCAAUUCUCCCUCUUUCCAUCACCCCUCCCCAUUCUCCUGUUUUCCAUCACCCCGCCCAGUUCUCCCGCUUUCCAUCACCCCGCCCCAUUCUCCCUCUUUCAAUCACCCCGCCCCAUUCUCCCUCUUUCCAUCACCCCGCCCCAUUCUCCUGCUUUCCAUCACCCCGCCCCAUUCUCCGGAUUUCCAUCACCCCGCCCCAUUCUCCCGCUUUCCAUCACCCCGCCCCAUUCUCCCUCUUUCCAUCACCCCGCUCCAUUCUCCCGCUUUCCAUCACCCCGCCCAAUUCUCCCUCUGUCCAUCACCCCUCCUUUUUCUCCCUCUUUCCAUCACCCCGCCCCAUUCUCCCGCUUUCCACCACCCCGCUCCAUUCUCCCGCUUUCCAUCACCCCGCCCAAUUCUCCCGCUUUCCAUCACCACGCCCCAUUUUCCCUCUUUCCAUCACCUCGCCCCAUUCUCCCACUAUCCAUCACCCCGCCCCAUUCUCUCGCUUUCGAUCACCCCGCUCCAUUCUCCCGCUUGCCAUCACCCCGCCCAAUUCUCCCUCUUUCUAUCACCCCUCUCCAUUCUCCCUCUUUCCAUCAUCCCGCCCCAUUCUCCCGCCUUUCAUCACCCCGCCCCAAUCUCCCGCUUUCCAUCACCCCGCCCAAUUCUCCCGCUUUCCAUCACCUCGCUCCAUUCUCCCGCCUUCCAUCACCCCGCCCCAUUCUCCCUCUUUCCAUCACCCCGCCCCAUUCUCACGCUUUCCAUCACCCCACCCCAUUCUUCCUCUUUCCAUCUCCCCGCCCCAUUCUCCCGCUUUCCAUCACCCCGCCCCAUUCUCCCUCUAUCGAUCACCCCGCCCAAUUCUCCCACUUUCCAUCACCCCAUCCCAUUCUCCCGUUUUCCAUCACCCCGCCCCAUUCUCUCGCUUUCCAUCACCCCGCCUUAUUCUCCCGCUUUCCAUCACCCCGCCCCAAUCUCCGCUUUCCAUCACCCCGCCCCAUUCUCCCGAUUUCCAUCACCCCGCCCCAUUCUCCCGCUUUCCAACACCCUGCCCCAUUCUCCCGCUUUCCAUCACCCCACCCCUAUCUCACUCUUUCCAUCACCCCUUCCCAUGCUCCCUCUUUCCAUCUCCCCGCCCCAUUCUCCUGCUUUCCAUCACCCCGCCCCAUUCUCCCGCCUUCCAUCACCCCGCCCCAUUCUCCAUCUUUCCAUCACCCUGCCCAAUUCUCCCCCUUUCCAUCAUCCCGCCCCAUUCUCCCGCCUUCCUUCACCCCGCUCCAUUUUCCCUCGUUCCAUCACCCCGCUCCAUUCUCCCGCUUUCCAUCACCCCGCCCAAUUCUCCCUUUUUCCAUCACCCCUCCCCAUUCUCCCUCUUUCCAUCACCCCGCCCCAUUCUCCCGCUUUCCAUCACCACGCCCCAUUCUCCCUCUUUCCACCACCCCGCCCCAUUCUCCCUCUUUCCAUCACCCCGCCCCAUUCUCCCGCUUUCCAUCACCCCGCCCCAUUCUCCCUCUUUCCAUCACCCCGCCCCAUUCUCCCGCCUUCCAUCACCCUGCCCCAUUCUCCAUCUUUCCAUCACCCUGCCCAAUUCUCCCCCUUUCCAUCACCCCGCCCCAUUCUCCCGCCUUCCAUCACCCCGCCCCAUUCUCCCUCUUUCCAUCACCCCGCCCCAUUCUCCCGCUUUCCAUCACCCCACCCCAUUUUCCCGAUUUCCAUCACCCCGCCCCAUUCUCCAGCUUUCCAUCACCCCCCAUUCUCCCUCUUUCCAUCACCCCGCCCCAUUCUCCCGCAUUUCAUCACCCCGCCCCAUUUUCCCUCGUUCCAUCACCCCGCUCCAUUCUCCGGCUUUCCAUCACCCCGCCCAAUUCUCCCUCUUUCCAUCACCCCUCCCCAUUCUCCUGUUUUCCAUCACCCCGCCCAGUUCUCCCGCUUUCCAUCACCCCGCCCCAUUCUCCCUCUUUCAAUCACCCCGCCCCAUUCUCCCUCUUUCCAUCACCCCGCCCCAUUCUCCUGCUUUCCAUCACCCCGCCCCAUUCUCCGGAUUUCCAUCACCCCGCCCCAUUCUCCCGCUUUCCAUCACCCCGCCCCAUUCUCCCUCUUUCCAUCACCCCGCUCCAUUCUCCCGCUUUCCAUCACCCCGCCCAAUUCUCCCUCUGUCCAUCACCCCUCCUUUUUCUCCCUCUUUCCAUCACCCCGCCCCAUUCUCCCGCUUUCCACCACCCCGCUCCAUUCUCCCGCUUUCCAUCACCCCGCCCAAUUCUCCCGCUUUCCAUCACCACGCCCCAUUUUCCCUCUUUCCAUCACCUCGCCCCAUUCUCCCACUAUCCAUCACCCCGCCCCAUUCUCUCGCUUUCGAUCACCCCGCUCCAUUCUCCCGCUUGCCAUCACCCCGCCCAAUUCUCCCUCUUUCUAUCACCCCUCUCCAUUCUCCCUCUUUCCAUCAUCCCGCCCCAUUCUCCCGCCUUUCAUCACCCCGCCCCAAUCUCCCGCUUUCCAUCACCCCGCCCAAUUCUCCCGCUUUCCAUCACCUCGCUCCAUUCUCCCGCCUUCCAUCACCCCGCCCCAUUCUCCCUCUUUCCAUCACCCCGCCCCAUUCUCACGCUUUCCAUCACCCCACCCCAUUCUUCCUCUUUCCAUCUCCCCGCCCCAUUCUCCCGCUUUCCAUCACCCCGCCCCAUUCUCCCUCUAUCGAUCACCCCGCCCAAUUCUCCCACUUUCCAUCACCCCAUCCCAUUCUCCCGUUUUCCAUCACCCCGCCCCAUUCUCUCGCUUUCCAUCACCCCGCCUUAUUCUCCCGCUUUCCAUCAUCCCGCCCCAAUCUCCGCUUUCCAUCACCCCGCCCCAUUCUCCCGAUUUCCAUCACCCCGCCCCAUUCUCCCGCUUUCCAACACCCUGCCCCAUUCUCCCGCUUUCCAUCACCCCACCCCUAUCUCACUCUUUCCAUCACCCCUUCCCAUGCUCCCUCUUUCCAUCUCCCCGCCCCAUUCUCCUGCUUUCCAUCACCCCGCCCCAUUCUCCCGCCUUCCAUCACCCCGCCCCAUUCUCCAUCUUUCCAUCACCCUGCCCAAUUCUCCCCCUUUCCAUCAUCCCGCCCCAUUCUCCCGCCUUCCUUCACCCCGCUCCAUUUUCCCUCGUUCCAUCACCCCGCUCCAUUCUCCCGCUUUCCAUCACCCCGCCCAAUUCUCCCUUUUUCCAUCACCCCUCCCCAUUCUCCCUCUUUCCAUCACCCCGCCCCAUUCUCCCGCUUUCCAUCACCACGCCCCAUUCUCCCUCUUUCCACCACCCCGCCCCAUUCUCCCUCUUUCCAUCACCCCGCCCCAUUCUCCCGCUUUCCAUCACCCCGCCCCAUUCUCCCUCUUUCCAUCACCCCGCCCCAUUCUCCCGCUUUCCAUCACCCCGCCCCAUUCUCCCUCUUUUCAUCACCCCGCUCCAUUCCCCCGCUUUCCAUCACCCCGCCCAAUUCUCCCUCUUUCCAUCUCCCCUCCUCAUUCUCCCUCUUUCCAUCACCCCGCCCCAUUCUCCCUCUUUCCAUCACCCCGCCCCAUUCUCCCGCUUUCCAUCAUCCCGCUCCAUUCUCCCGCUUUCCAUCACCCCGCCCAAUUCUCCCUCUUUCUAUCACCCCUCUCCAUUCUCCCUCUUUCCAUCACCCCGCCCCAUUCUCCCGCUUUCCAUCACCCCGCCCCAUUCUCCCUCUUUCCAUCACCCCGCCCCAUUCUCCCUCUUUCCAUCACCCCGCCCCAUUCUCCCGCUUUCCAUCACCCCGCUCCAUUCUCCCGCUUUCCAUCACCCCGCCCAAUUCUCCCUCUUUCUAUCACCCCUCUCCAUUCUCCCUCUUUCCAUCACCCCGCCCCAUUCUCCCGCUUUCCAUCACCGCGCCCCAUUCUCCCGCUUUCCAUCACCCCGCCCCAUUCUCCCGCUUUCCAUCACCCCGCCCCAUUCUCCCGCUUUCCAUCACCCCGCCCCAUUCUCCCUCUUUCCAUCACCCCGCCCCAUUCUCCCACUUUCAAUCACCCUGCCCCAUUUUCACUCUUUCCAUCACCCCGCUCCAUUCUCCCGCUUUCCAUCACCCCGCCCAAUUCUCCCUCUUUCCAUCACCCCUCCCCAUUCUCUUUUCCAUCACCCCGCCCCAUUCUCCCGCUUUCCAUCACCCCGCCCCAUUUUCCCUCUUUCCAUCACCCGGCCCCAUUCUCCCUCUUUCCAUCACCCCGCCCCAUUCUCCCGCUUUCCAUCACCCCGCCCGCUUCAAUCUCCCGCUUUCCAACACACUGCCCCAUUCUCCCGCUUUCCAUCACCCCACCCCAUUCUCACUUUUUCCAUCACCCCUCUCAAUUCUCCCUCUUUCCAUCACCCCGCCCCAUUCUCCUGCUUUCUAUCACCCCGCCCCAUUCUCCCUCUUUCCAUCACCCCGCCCCAUUCUCCCGCCUUCCAUCACCCUGCCCCAUUCUCCAUCUUUCCAUCACCCUGCCCAAUUCUCCCCCUUUCCAUCACCCCGCCCCAUUCUCUCGCCUUCCAUCACCCCGCCCCAUUCUCCCUCUUUCCAUCACCCCGCCCCAUUCUCCCGCUUUCCAUCACCCCACCCCAUUUUCCCGAUUUCCAUCACCCCGCCCCAUUCUCCAGCUUUCCAUCACCGUGCCCCAUUCUCCCGCUUUCCAACACCCCGCCCCAUUCUCCCGCUUUCCAUCACCCCGCCCCAUUCUCCCGCUUUCCAUCACCCAGCCCCAUUCUCCCUCUUUCCAUCACCCCGCCCCAUUCUCCCGCAUUUCAUCACCCCGCCCCAUUUUCCCUCGUUCCAUCACCCCGCUCCAUUCUCCGGCUUUCCAUCACCCCGCCCAAUUCUCCCUCUUUCCAUCACCCCUCCCCAUUCUCCUGUUUUCCAUCACCCCGCCCAGUUCUCCCGCUUUCCAUCACCCCGCCCCAUUCUCCCUCUUUCAAUCACCCCGCCCCAUUCUCCCUCUUUCCAUCACCCCGCCCCAUUCUCCUGCUUUCCAUCACCCCGCCCCAUUCUCCGGAUUUCCAUCACCCCGCCCCAUUCUCCCGCUUUCCAUCACCCCGCCCCAUUCUCCCUCUUUCCAUCACCCCGCUCCAUUCUCCCGCUUUCCAUCACCCCGCCCAAUUCUCCCUCUGUCCAUCACCCCUCCUUUUUCUCCCUCUUUCCAUCACCCCGCCCCAUUCUCUCGCUUUCGAUCACCCCGCUCCAUUCUCCCGCUUGCCAUCACCCCGCCCAAUUCUCCCUCUUUCUAUCACCCCUCUCCAUUCUCCCUCUUUCCAUCAUCCCGCCCCAUUCUCCCGCCUUUCAUCACCCCGCCCCAAUCUCCCGCUUUCCAUCACCCCGCCCAAUUCUCCCGCUUUCCAUCACCUCGCUCCAUUCUCCCGCCUUCCAUCACCCCGCCCCAUUCUCCCUCUUUCCAUCACCCCGCCCCAUUCUCACGCUUUCCAUCACCCCACCCCAUUCUUCCUCUUUCCAUCUCCCCGCCCCAUUCUCCCGCUUUCCAUCACCCCGCCCCAUUCUCCCUCUAUCGAUCACCCCGCCCAAUUCUCCCACUUUCCAUCACCCCAUCCCAUUCUCCCGUUUUCCAUCACCCCGCCCCAUUCUCUCGCUUUCCAUCACCCCGCCUUAUUCUCCCGCUUUCCAUCACCCCGCCCCAAUCUCCGCUUUCCAUCACCCCGCCCCAUUCUCCCGAUUUCCAUCACCCCGCCCCAUUCUCCCGCUUUCCAACACCCUGCCCCAUUCUCCCGCUUUCCAUCACCCCACCCCUAUCUCACUCUUUCCAUCACCCCUUCCCAUGCUCCCUCUUUCCAUCUCCCCGCCCCAUUCUCCUGCUUUCCAUCACCCCGCCCCAUUCUCCCGCCUUCCAUCACCCCGCCCCAUUCUCCAUCUUUCCAUCACCCUGCCCAAUUCUCCCCCUUUCCAUCAUCCCGCCCCAUUCUCCCGCCUUCCUUCACCCCGCUCCAUUUUCCCUCGUUCCAUCACCCCGCUCCAUUCUCCCGCUUUCCAUCAACCCGCCCAAUUCUCCCUUUUUCCAUCACCCCUCCCCAUUCUCCCUCUUUCCAUCACCCCGCCCCAUUCUCCCGCUUUCCAUCACCACGCCCCAUUCUCCCUCUUUCCACCACCCCGCCCCAUUCUCCCUCUUUCCAUCACCCCGCCCCAUUCUCCCGCUUUCCAUCACCCCGCCCCAUUCUCCCUCUUUCCAUCACCCCGCCCCAUUCUCCCGCUUUCCAUCACCCCGCCCCAUUCUCCCUCUUUUCAUCACCCCGCUCCAUUCCCCCGCUUUCCAUCACCCCGCCCAAUUCUCCCUCUUUCCAUCUCCCCUCCUCAUUCUCCCUCUUUCCAUCACCCCGCCCCAUUCUCCCUCUUUCCAUCACCCCGCCCCAUUCUCCCGCUUUCCAUCACCCCGCUCCAUUCUCCCGCUUUCCAUCACCCCGCCCAAUUCUCCCUCUUUCUAUCACCCCUCUCCAUUCUCCCUCUUUCCAUCACCCCGCCCCAUUCUCCCGCUUUCCAUCACCCCGCCCCAUUCUCCCUCUUUCCAUCACCCCGCCCCAUUCUCCCUCUUUCCAUCACCCCACUCCAUUCUCCCGCUUUCCAUCACCCCGCUCCAUUCUCCCGCUUUCCAUCACCCCGCCCAAUUCUCCCUCUUUCCAUCACCCCUCCCCAUUCUCCCUCUUUCCAUCAACCCGCCCCAUUCUCCCGCUUUCCAUCACCCCGCACCAUACUCCCUCUUUCCAUCACCCCGCCCCAUUCUCUCGCUUUCCAUCACCCCGCCCCAUUCUCCCUCUUUCCAUCACCCCGCCCCAUUCUCCCACUUUCCAUCACCCGCCCCAUUCUCCCGCUUUCCAUCAUUCCGCCCCAUUCUCCCUCUUUCCAUCACCCCGCCCCAUUCUCCCGAUUUCCAUCACCCCGCCCCAUUCUCCCGCUUUCCAUCACCCCGCCCCAUUCUCCCGCUUUCCAUCACCCCGCCCCAUUCUCCCGCUUUCCAUCACCCCACCCCAUUCUCCCGCUUUCCAUCACCCCGCCCCAUUCUCCCACUUUCCAUCACCCCGCCCCAUUCUCCCGCUUUCCAUCACCCCGCCCCAUUCUCCCUCUUUCCAUCACCCCGCCCCAUUCUCCCGCUUUCCAUCACCCUGCCCCAUUUUCACUCUUUCCAUCACCCCGCUCCAUUCUCCCGCUUUCCAUCACCCCGCCCAAUUCUCCCUCUUUCCAUCACCCCUCCCCAUUCUCCCCCUUUCCAUCACCCCGCCCCAUUCUCCCUCUUUCCAUCACCCCGCCCCAUUCUCCCUCUUUCCAUCACAUGGCCCCAUUCUCCCUCUUUCCAUCACCCCGCCCCAUUCUCCCGCUUUCCAUCACCCCGCCCCAUUCUCCCGCUUUCCAUCACCCCGUCCCAUUCUCCCUCUUUCCAUCACCCCGCCCCAUUCGCCCGCUUUCCAUCACCCCGCCCCAUUCUUCCCUUUUCCAUCUCCCCGCCCCAUUCUCCCUCUUUCCAUCACCCCGCCCCAUUCUCCCGAUUUCCGUUACCCCGCCCCAUUCUCCCUCUUUCCAUCACCCCGCCCCAUUCUCCCGAUUUCCGUCACCCCGCCCCAUUCUCCCUCUUUCCAUCACCCCGCCCCAAUCUUCCUCUUUCCAUCUCCCCGCCCCAUUCUCCCUCUUUCCAUCACCCCGCCCCAUUCUCCCUCUUUCCUCCACCCCGCCCCAUUCUCCUGCUUUCCAUCAACCCGCCCCAUUUUCCCGCUUUCCAUCACCCUGCCCCAUUCUCACUCUUUCCAUCACCCCUCCCCAUUCUCCCGCUUUCCAUCACCCCGCCCCAUUCUCCCUCUUUCCAUCACCCCGCCCCAUUCUCCUGCCUUUCAUCACCCCGCCCCAUUCCUCCCGCUUUCCAUCACCCCGCCCAAUUCUCCCGCUUUCCAUCACCCCGCCCCGUUCUCCCGAUUUCCAUCACCCCUCCCCAUUCUCCCUCUUUCCAUCACCCCGCCCCAUUCUCCCGCUUUCCAUCACCCCGCCCCAUUCUCCCUCUUUCCAUCACCCCGCCCCAUUCUCCCGCCUUUUAUCACCCCGCCCCAUUCUCCCGCUUUCCAUCACCCCGCCCAAUUCUCCCGCUUUCCAUCACCCCGCCCCAUUCUCCCGCCUUCCAUCACCCCGCCCCAUUCUCCCUCUUUCCAUCACCCCGCCCCAUUCUCAUGCUUUCCAUCACCCCGCCCCAUUCUCCCUCUUUCCAUCACCCCGCCCCAUUCUCCCGCCUUUUAUCACCCCGCCCCAUUCUCCCGCUUUCCAUCACCCCGCCCAAUUCUCCCGCUUUCCAUCACCCCGCCCCAUUCUCCCGCCUUCCAUCACCCCGCCCCAAUCUCCCUCUUUCCAUCACCCCGCCCCAUUCUCCCACUUUCCAUCACCCCGCCCCAUUCUCCCUCUAUCCAUCACCCCGCCCCAUUCUCUCGCUUUCCAUCACCCCGCCUUAUUCUCCCGUUUUCCAUCACCCCGCCCCAUUCUCCCAAUUUCCAUCACCCCGCCCCAUUCUCCCGCUUUCCAUCACCCCGCCCAAUUCUUCCGAUUUCCAUCACCCCGCCCCAUUCUCCCGCUUUCCAUCAACCCGCCCCAUUCUCCCACUUUCCAUCACCCUGCCCCAUUCUCACUCUUUCCAUCACCCCUCCCCAUUCUCCCUCUUUCCAUCACCCCGCCCCAUUCUCCUGCUUUCUAUCUCCCGCCCUAUUCUCCCUCUUUCCAUCACCCCGCCCCAUUCUCCCGCCUUCCAUCAUCCCGCCCCAUUCUCCAUCUUUCCAUCACCCUGCCCAAUUCUCCCCCUUUCCAUCACCCCGCCCCAUUCUCCCGCCAUCCAUCACCUCGCCCCAUUCUCCCUCUUUCCAUCACCCCGCCCCAUUCUCUCGCUUUCCAUCACCCCGCCCCAUUUUCCCACUUUCCAUCACCCCGCCCCAUUCUCCCGCUUUCCAUCACCCAGCCCCAUUCUCCUGCUUUCCAUCACCCCGCCCCAUUCUCCCGCUUUCCAUCACCCCGCCCCAUUCUCCCGCUUUCCAUCACCCCGCCCCAUUCUCCCUCUUUCCAUCACCCCGCCCCAUUCUCCCGCUUUCCAUCACCCUGCCCCAUUUUCACUCUUUCCAUCUCCCCGCUCCAUUCUCCCGCUUUCCAUCACCCCGCCCAAUUCUCCCUCUUUCCAUCACCCCGCCCCAUUCUCCCUCUUUCCAUCACCCCGCCCCAUUCUCCCGCUUUCCAUCACCCCGCCCCAUUCUCCCUCUUUCCAUCACCCGGCCCCAUUCUCCCGCUUUCCAUCACCCCGCUCCAUUCUCCCUCUUUCAAUCACCCCGCCCGCUCCAUUCUCCCGCUUUCCAACACCCUGCCCCAUUCUCACUCUUUCCAUCACCCUUCCCCAUUCUCCCUCUUUCCAUCUCCCCGCACCAUUCUCCUGCUUUCUAUCACCCCGCCCCAUUCUCCCUCUUUCCAUAACCCCGCCCCAUUCUCCCGCCUUCCAUCACCCCGCCCCUUUCUCCAUCUUUCCAUCACCCUGCCCAACUCUCCCCCUUUCCAUCACCCCGCCCCAUUCUCCCGCCUUCCAUCACCCCGCCCCAUUCUCCCUCUUUCCAUCACCCCGCCCCAUUCUCCCGCUUUCCAUCAUCCCGCCACAUUUUCCCGAUUUCCAUCACCCCGCCCCAUUCUCCCGCUUUCCAUCACCCCGCCCCAUUCUUCCGCUUUCCAUCACCCCGCCCCAUUCCUCCGCUUUCCAUCACCGCGCCCCAUUCUCCCGCUUUCCAUCACCCAGCCCCAUUCUCCCUCUUUCCAUCACCCCGCCCCAUUCUCCCGCAUUCCAUCACCCCGCCCCAUUUUCCCUCCUUCCAUCACCCCACUCCAUUCUCCCGCUUUCCAUAACCCCGCCCAAUUCUCCCUCUUUCCAUCACCCCUCCCCAUUCUCCCUCUUUCCAUCACCCUGCCCCAUUCUCCCGCUUUCCAUCACCCCGCCCCAUUCUCCCUCUUUCCAUCACCCCGCCCCAUUCUCCCUCUUUCCAUCACCCCGCCCCAUUCUCCCGCUUUCCAUCACCCCGCCCCAUUCUCCCUCUUUCCAUCACCCCGCCCCAUUCUCCCGCUUUCCAUCACCCCGCCCCAUUCUCCCUCUUUCCAUCACCACGCCCCAUUUUCCCUCUUUCCAUCACCCUGCCCCAUUCUCCCGCUUUCCAUCACCCCGCCCCAUUCUCUCGCUUUGGAUCACCCUGCUCCAUUCUCCCGCUUUCCAUCACCCCGCCCAAUUCUCCCUCUUUCUAUCACCCCUCUCCAUUCUCCCUCUUUCCAUCACCCCGCCCCAUUCUCCCGCCUUUCAUCACCCCGCCCCAUUCUCCCGCUUUCCAUCACCCCGCCCAAUUCUCCCGCUUUCCAUCACCCCGCCCAAUUCUCCCGCCUUCCAUCACCCCGCCCCAUUCUCCCUCUUUCCAUCACCCCGCCCCAUUCUCACGCUUUCCAUCACCCCACCCCAUUCUCCCUCUUUCCAUCACCCCGCCCCAUUCUCCCGCUUUCCAUCACCCCGCCCCAUUCUCCCUCUAUCCAUCACCCCGCCCAAUUCUCCCACUUUCCAUCACCCCAUCCCAUUCUCCCGUUUUCCAUCAACCCGCCCCAUUCUCUCGCUUUCCAUCACCCCGCCUUAUUCCCCCGCUUUCCAUCACCCCGACCCAUUCUCCCGAUUUCCAUCACCCCGCCCUGUUCUCCGCUUUCCAUCACCCCGCCCCAUUCUCCCCAUUUCCAUCAUCCCGCCCCAUUCUCCCUCUUUCCAACACCCUGCCCCAUUCUCCCGCUUUCCAUCACCCCACCCCAUUCUCACUCUUUCCAUCACCCCUCCCAUUCUCCCUCUUUCCAUCACCCCGCCCCAUUCUCCUGCUUUCUAUCACACCGCCCCUUUCUCCCUCUUUCCAUCACCCCGCCCCAUUUUCCUGCCUUCCAUCACCCCGCCCUAUUCGCCAUAUUUCCAUCACCCUGCCCAAUUCUCCCCCUUUCCAUCACCCGGCCCCAUUCUCCCGCCUUCCAUCACUCCGCCCCAUUCUCCCUCUUUCCAUCACCCCGCCCCAUUCUCCCGCUUUCCAUUACCCCGCCCCAUUUUCCCAAUUUCCAUCACCUCGCCCCACCCCAUUCUCCCGCUUUCCAUCACCUCGCCCCAUUCUCCCGCUUUCCAUCACCCCGCCCCAUUCUCCCUCUUUCCAUCACCCCGCCUCAUUCUCCCGCAUUCCUUCACCCUGCCCCAUUUUCCCUCGUUCCAUCACCCCGCUCCAUUCUCCCGCUUUCCAUCACCCCGCCCAAUUCUCCCUCUUUCCAUCACCCCUCCCCAUUCUCCCUCUUUCCAUCACCCCGCCCCAUUCUCCCGCUUUCCAUCACCACGCCCCAUUCUCCCUCUUUCCACCACCCCGCCCCAUUCUCCCUCUUUCCAUCACCCCGCCCCAUUCUCCCGCUUUCCAUCACCCCGCCCCAUUCUCCCUCUUUCCAUCACCCCGCCCCAUUCUCCCGCUUUCCAUCACCCCGCCCCGUUCUCCCUCUUUCCAUCACCCCGCUCCAUUCUCCCGCUUUCCAUCACCACGCCUUAUUUUCCCUCUUUCCAUCACCCCGCCCCAUCAUCCCGCUUUCCAUCACCCCGCCCCAUUCUCCCGCUUUCCAUCACCCCGCUCCAUUCUCCCGCUUUCUAUCACCCCGCCCAAUUCUCCCUCUUUCUAUCACCCCGCCCCAUUCUCCCUCUUUCCAUCACCCCGCCCCAUUCUCCCGCUUUCCAUCACCCUGCCCCAUUCUCCCUCUUUCCAUCACCCCGCCCCAUUCUCCCUCUUUCCAUCACCCCGCCCCGUUUUCCCGCUUUCCAUCACUCCGCCCCAUUCUCCCUCUUUCUAUCACCCCGCCCCAUUCUCCCGCUUUCUAUCACCCCGCCCCAUUCUCCCGCUUUCCAUCACCCCGCUCCAUUCUCUCGCUUUCGAUCACCCCGCCCAAUUCUCCCUCUUUCCAUCACCCCUCCCCAUUCUCCCUCUUUCCAUCAACCCGCCCCAUUCUCCCGCUUUCCAUCACCCCGCCCCAUUCUCCCUCUUUCCAUCACCCUGCCCCAUUCUCUCGCUUUCCAUCACCCCGCCCCAUUCUCCCUCUUUCCAUCACCCCGCCCCAUUCUCCCGCUUUCCAUCACCCGCCCCAUUCUCCCGCUUUCCAUCAUCCCGCCCCAUUCUCCCUCUAUCCAUCACCCCGCCCCAUUCUCCCGCCUUCCAUCACCCCGCCCCAUUCUCCCGCUUUCCAUCACCCCACCCCAUUCUCCCGCUUUCCAUCACCCCACCCCAUUCUCUCGAUUUGCAUCACCCCGCCCCAUUCUCCCGCCUUCCAUCGCCCCGCCCCAUUCUCCCUCUUUCCAUCACCCCGCCCCACUCUCCCGCUUUCCAUCACCCGCCCCAUUCUACGUCUUUCUAUCACCCCGCCCCAUUCUCCCGCUUUCCAUCACCCCGCUCCAUUCUCCCGAUUUCCAUCACUCCGCCCAAUUCUCCCUCUUUGCAUCACCCCUCCUCAUUCUCCCUCAUUCCAUCAAACCGCCCCAUUCUCCCGCUUUCCAUCACCCCGGCCCAUUCUCCCUCUUUCCAUCACCCCGCCUUAUUCUCUCGCUUUCCAUCACCCCGCCCCAUUCUCCCUCUUUCCAUCACCCCGCCCCAUUCUCCCGCUUUCCAUCACCCGCCCCAUUCUCCCGCUUUCCAUCACCCCCCCCCAUUCUCCCUCUUUCCAUCACCCCGCCUCAUUCUCCCGCCAUCCAUCACCCCGCUCCAUUCUCCCGCUUUCCAUCACCCCGCCCCAUUCUCCCGCUUUCCAUCACCCCACCCCAUUCUCCUGAUUUGCAUCACCCCGCCCCAUUCUCCCGCCUUCCAUCACCCCGCCCCAUUCUCCCUCUUUCCAUCACCCCGCCCCAUUCUCCCGCUUUCCAUCACCCCGCCCCAUUCUCCCUCUUUCCAUCACCCCGCCCCAUUCUCCCUCUUUCCAUCACCCCGCCUCGUUCUCCCGCAUUCCUUCACCCCGCCCCAUUUUCCCUCGUUCCAUCACCCCGCUCCAUUCUCCCGCUUUCCAUCACCCCGCCCAAUUCUCCCUCUUUCCAUCACCCCUCCCCAUUCUCCCUCUUUCCAUCACCCCGCCCCAUUCUCCCGCUUUCCAUCACCACGCCCCAUUCUCCCUCUUUCCACCACCCCGCCCCAUUCUCCCUCUUUCCAUCACCCCGCCCCAUUCUCCCGCUUUCCAUCACCCCGCCCCAUUCUCCCUCUUUCCAUCACCCUGCCCCAUUCUCCCGCUUUCUAUCACCCCGCCCCAUUCUCCCUCUUUCCAUCACCCCGCCUCAUUCUCCCGCAUUCCUUCACCCCGCUCCAUUUUCCCUCGUUCCAUCACCCCGCUCCAUUCUCCCGCUUUCCAUCACCCCGCCCAAUUCUCCCUCUUUCCAUCACCCCUCCCCAUUCUCCCUCUUUCCAUCACCCCGCCCCAUUCUCCCGCUUUCCAUCACCACGCCCCAUUCUCCCUCUUUCCACCACCCCGCCCCAUUCUCCCUCUUUCCAUCACCCCGCCCCAUUCUCCCGCUUUCCAUCACCCCGCCCCAUUCUCCCUCUUUCCAUCACCCCGCCCCAUUCUCCCGCUUUCCAUCACCCCGCCCCGUUCUCCCUCUUUCCAUCACCCCGCUCCAUUCUCCCGCUUUCCAUCACCCCGCCCAAUUCUCCCGCUUUCCAUCACCACACCCUAUUUUCCCUCUUUCCAUCAUCCGCCCCAUCAUCCCGCUUUCCAUCACCCCGCCCCAUUCUCCCGCUUUCCAUCACCCCGCUCCAUUCUCCCGCUUUCCAUCACCCCGCCCAAUUCUCCCUCUUUCUAUCACCCCGCCCCAUUCUCCCUCUUUCCAUCACCCCGCCCCAUUCUCCCGCUUUCCAUCACCCUGCCCCAUUCUCCCUCUUUCCAUCAACCCGCCCCAUUCUCCCUCUUUCCAUCACCCCGCCCCAUUUUCCCGCUUUCCAUCACCCCGCCCCAUUCUCCCUCUUUCUAUCACCCCGCCCCAUUCUCCCGCUUUCUAUCACCCCGCCCCAUUCUCCCGCUUUCCAUCACCCCGCUCCAUUCUCUCGCUUUCGAUCACCCCGCCCAAUUCUCCCUCUUUCCAUCACCCCUCCCCAUUCUCCCUCUUUCCAUCAACCCGCCCCAUUCUCCCGCUUUCCAUCACCCCGCCCCAUUCUCCCUCUUUCCAUCACCCCGCCCCAUUCUCUCGCUUUCCAUCACCCCGCCCCAUUCUCCCUCUUUCCAUCACCCCGCCCCAUUCUCCCGCUUUCCAUCACCCGCCCCAUUCUCCCGCUUUCCAUCAUCCCGCCCCAUUCUCCCUCUAUCCAUCACCCCGCCCCAUUCUCCCGCCUUCCAUCACCCCGCCCCAUUCUCCCGCUUUCCAUCACCCCACCCCAUUCUCCCGCUUUCCAUCACCCCACCCCAUUCUCUCGAUUUGCAUCACCCCGCCCCAUUCUCCCGCCUUCCAUCGCCCCGCCCCAUUCUCCCUCUUUCCAUCACCCCGCCCCACUCUCCCGCUUUCCAUCACCCCGCCCCAUUCUACGUCUUUCUAUCACCCCUCCCCAUUCUCCCGCUUUCCAUCACCCCGCUCCAUUCUCCCGAUUUCCAUCACCCCGCCCAAUUCUCCCUCUUUCCAUCACCCCUCCUCAUUCUCCCUCUUUCCAUCAAACCGCCCCAUUCUCCCGCUUUCCAUCACCCCGGCCCAUUCUCCCUCUUUCCAUCACCCCGCCUUAUUCUCUCACUUUCCAUCACCCCGCCCCAUUCUCCCUCUUUCCAUCACCCCGCCCCAUUCUCCCGCUUUCCAUCAUCCGCCCCAUUCUCCCGCUUUCCAUCACCCCCCCCCAUUCUCCCUCUUUCCAUCACCCCGCCUCAUUCUCCCGCCAUCCAUCACCCCGCUCCAUUCUCCCGCUUUCCAUCACCCCGCCCCAUUCUCCCGCUUUCCACCACCCCGCGCCAUUCUCCCGCUUUCCAUCACCCCGCCCCAUUCUCCCUCUUUCCAUCACCCCGCGCCAUUCUCCCGCUUUCCAUCACCCCGCCCCAUUCUCCCUCUUUCCAUCACCCCGCCCCAUUCUCCCUCUUUCCAUCACCCCGCCCCAUUCUCCCGCUUUCCAUCACUCCGCCCCAUUCUCCCGCUUUCCACCACCCCGCCCCAUUCUCCCGCUUUCCACCACCCCGCCCCAUUCUCCCGCUUUCCAUCACCCCGCCCCAUUCUCCCGCUUUCCAUCACUUCGCCCAAUUCUCUCCAUUUCCAUCACCCCGCCUUAUUCUCCCGCUUUCUAUCACCCGGCCCCAUUCUCCCGCUUUCUAUCACCCCGCCCCAUUCUCCCACUUUCCAUCACCCCGUCCCAUUCUCCCUCUUCCCAUUACCCGCCCCAUUCUCCCGCUUUCCAUCAUCCCGCCCCAUUCUCCCGCUUUCCACCACCCCGCCCCAUUCUCCCGAUUUACAUCACCCCGCCCCUCUCCCGCUUUCCAUCACUCCACCCCAUUCUCCCGAUUUCCAUCACCCCGCUCCAUACUCCCGCUUUCCAUCACCCCGCCCAAAAGGCCUAACGUGUGCAAAAUAA